AUGGAAAAAACUACUAUCUAUUUGGCCGAUAUCUUGAAGGAUAUCAAGAAAACUUAUCCCAAAGACAAUCUUCAAAUUGUGAAGAAUGCCCUCAGAAUGGCUAAACUUUGGGACGAUGAUGAGAGACCUGGAAGGGUGGUUCCUGCCAAGAGGGCUCGCAGGGACGAACCCAGUUCUGAGGAGGACUCGGAAGAGGAACCUCUUCAGAACUGGGAUGAGGAGGAGUCCCACUCGGAGUUGGAGGAGGAGGAACCUCUUCGGAACGCAGAUGAGGAAGAGUCCGUCUCAGAGUUGGAGAGGGAAAUAAUCAAGGAGGAGGAAAAGGAGAAGAGGGGGAAAGAGUUGAAGGAGCAGAAGAAGAAAGAAAGGUUGGAGGACUUACGGAAGACGAUAAAUCUUCUUUCAAAUGAGUCUCAUCUUGUUAGAAUGCCUGCUCCCACCUUCCAGCUUGAAAGGAACUCUAAGCAAGAACACAUGGUCAGCUUCUUGGAGAAGUUGGAUGUAUACAAGCAGAAUGGCUUGUUGAUGGGCAAUUGGGGUAACGUAAUCCAAUACGCCUGCUACCACCAAUUGUUCCUCCUGUUUGAAAUGGCCAAGAUGCUCUACUGUCACUCGAAGUUGAAUGAGGCAAUGAUAGAUAAAAUAAAAAAUGAAAAUAAAAAUAAAAUAGAACUAACUUUUACAAUAGUGGGUCGUUUCGAUAAAGAAAAGAUUGCCAACUGGAAGAAUGUUGGGAAAAAUGACUCUAUUAGAGACUUUAGGGGACUAGAUUUUCACUAA